AUGGAACCUGAAGUUCUUUCAAGGAUCAUACAAGCUUUGGAUAUAAUUCAUAGUCCGUUUGCAUCAAAUGAAGUUAGGCUCGAAGCACAUCAGUAUUGUAAUUCCAUCAAAGAUAAUCCCAACGCGCCAAUCUUCGGUCAUUUAUUGGCUCUAAAAGAAAAUGGACAAUCUGAUGUUGUUAGACAUUUCGGAUUGCAACUUUUAGAAAAUACAAUAAGAUAUAAAUGGAUCGAUGGAAUUUAUGGUGAUUCUGAGCGGGAACAAAUUAAACAAGCAAUAAUCAACUUAGUCCAAAAAGGAACUCAUGAUAUUUUAAUUGAAAAGCAAUUUAUCAAGGAGAAAGUCGCGAAAUUGUUUGCUGACGUAGCUAGACGUGAAUGGCCAACACGUUGGGCAGACAUGAAUAGCCUUUUGCGAAGUCUCUAUGCAUAUAGUCCAACGACACAAGAGUUGACCCUUAUGAUCUUUAGAUAUCUUGGAAAAGAAUCUGAUUUACGAGAUUCUUUAACUUGUAUAAUUGCAAGCUACAAUAUCUUGAGAGAGAGGUAUCCAGAUGGUAUGAAAGGAGAUAGUACAAGCUCGCGUAAAGAUGAAAUAAUAAUAAUGCAAGGUGAGCCAGAUAGUGAAGGCUGGUUGAUGUUAUGGGUGAGAUCUUUGGAACAACUGUUAAAUGAGUGGAAACGUCAGUCGACUUCGUCUGUAAUUUACAAGAAGCUAAUAGUUGCUACAUUAAGCACCAUUGCAAUAUAUGUUGAGUGGAUUAUUUCAAGAUCCAUUGUUGAAACGAAUGUACUACUAGUAGCAUGCGAAAGCCUUUUAAGCGACUGCCAUGAAAUAAGAAUGGCUGCAAUAGAAUGUAUUACUGCUAUUUUUUCUCGUACCUUUCAAACACCGGAAGAUCGUACGCUUGUUUUUGACCCUAUUUAUGAACAAAAUGGCAUGGAUCUAUUAUUUUUGUCCUUUAAGAUGAUCCAACCAAGUCAAGAUUUACUGCUCGAAGAAAAUGAUUAUAUAUACUUGAAACAAUAUGUUGAGGCCGUUAUUAAAUUCGGAGAAAAACAUAUUUGUUUCAAGAACAACACAGUGAUACCAAAGCAGUUCCCAAAAUAUUUAGAAUUGAUAUACGAGAUUUCAAAGCAUCCGUCAAAUUUCAUAGCUUCUAUGGCAUUAAUGUUUUGGCAAUUAGCAAUUCACCAUCCACAUAUCUCUAAGACAUUUAAAGAACAAUAUCAGUCAUUAUUAAUGCUUUUAGAAUUAUUUGCGGAGAGACUUAGAAUAUUGUUCCAUGAAGAUGCUUCUGAUAAUACAACUACACAUUACAUUGACAUGGAUUUUGAUUCAAGCAAUGAAUAUAAAAUUUUCGCUCUGGCGCUUCGCACGAAACUUGUUGAAACAAUAAAGUUAAUUACCCAGAUGCGGCCAAUAGAAUCUUUUACUUGGACAGUGAAUAGGAUCAAAAAAACGUUAAAUAUAAACCUGGAUGAAAAAGAUUUAGAUGCUGAUGGUGUCUGUAAAGUAGACUCCUCAGCAUACAUUAUAUUUGAUGCGGAAUUGACAUUGAUGGAUUCUGUAGUUACUGGGGUCGGAAAAUUGGUCAAAUCCAAUGAAGACCAAGACACAAAUUAUACAGAAAUCAUGAACGGAAUGAAUAGCUUGCUUCAAAUGCUAUUGAAUCUUAAUUACCCGGACGUAGUAAUAUCAAAUAGAUAUUUAGCUUCUAUGCUAUCAUUUGUAGACAUGCUAAAUAUGGAUUCGAGACUAUUGUUUCAAGUUUUACAAAAGAUAUUUCACUUUGCUAUAUUCCGUCCUCCCGGUUUUAUUAUUUCACCUACAUCCACUUUUCCGCAACCCGUUUAUCGAUUACGAUGUGGAGCUGUUGCAAUAUUGAUAAAGUUUGGCACAUUAAUGCCCGAUAUCUUAAUGAAUAUAUAUAACGAUAUUGCAGGCUAUGUGAAUAAUAUUCUUGAUACAGGAAAUAAUAUGGUUAAGAGAAAAGAGAAAGUGUCAUUUAAAAAAUUUUUGCUUUGUAUUAUAUAUUAUUCUAAAAUUCCGUUAGAACAAAAAAAGGCACUCUUCGAUCCAAUAGUGUUGCCAAUAAUGAACGAAUGGCAUUCUCCUGAUAUAACCCGUUUUAUUACUUCAAUAACACAAUUUCGUGAUGCCUCGGGUCUAAAUUUUUUAUCUUCAAUUAUAAUCGAUAUGAAACAAAACGGCACCUACAAAUCAGAUUCAGAACUUUUAAAAGAACUUCAUAAAACUAUAGCAUGUUACGAAUCGGCUCGACAUAAUCUGACAUUAUUGGUAGACACAGUAAUAACUUUCCUUGUAAGGUCAUCGGAAAAUCCAAAGACGAUUUCAAGUUCCGUAUUUUCAGGAUUAUGGGAACAAUAUGUAUCCACGAUAUUGUUUUCAAUAUUGGCUCUGAUACGAAUUAUUCACCAGCUAUGGAAAAUCGAAUCGUGGCAAGAAUGCCCAGAAGAAUUACAGGAGGUGUUGAGAUUGAACAAAGAGGAUAAAGCGUGUAUUAUGGGACAAUCAAUAGAUAUUCCAGCAACAGCCCCUAACGAAAUGCCUUAUACAAUAGCUAGUAUGUUUAAUCGGAUACACAAAUGGUUAUCCAUUAUAAGGACUGACAGUUAUCAUAUUCUUGGUCGACUAGCGGCAUUUGGACCAGCAUUUUAUUCCAUUCCAAAUGUACAUGAAUCUAUUAUGCAAUCGUUGUUUGAAAAUGCUGAGAUUGUCAGGCCAUACGUUAUUAAAUGCCCAAUACCUGAAGCCCUUUCAGGGUUCUUUCCACAACUACUAAAAUAUCUGGAUAAAAAGUUGGUAUUAGAAUGGCGAAUUUUGGCUGAAAAAGGGAUUCAAGUCUCAGCAUCAGAAACAGUUCAAUUAUUACAGGAUACUACUAAUGAUAUAUCAGACGAAAUAGUGAAUGAACAGGGAUUAAGGGAUUUAACAAGGGCCUAUAUUGAUAUAUUUGGUCAAAUAUUCCCACCAGUGCCUAAAAAACAAACAAUUGAUGAUAAUACGUCUUCUAAAUUAGAGAAUAAUGCACUGAAAGAAUAUAUGCUAAAUUAUAUGCCAAUUACUGAGCCUUUCUUGAUGAGCUUAUGCCAUCUCUUGACUUUUAAAGAUACAGUAUCAUGUGCACGAACAGUCCAAUUAUGUGUUAGAAUAUUACCGAAUCUAAUAAAGCAUGAAGGAUUAAAAGAGUUUGUUGGAACUUCUUUAUUAACUGCUGCAUUACAGGCCUUACAUGAUGGAUAUCAUAAAGAAUCCCAUUCUAUGAUAAUUUCUUUUAUUACUGAUCUUUACGUAGAAUUGAGACCCUUAUCAUCUGUUCCUUAUGAAACCUUUGCACAAUUGCUGAAUAUGGAUCAUGUUCAGUUGCAGAAAUUUGAAACGUCCUUAAGUCAAGCAUCCGAAAGCAAAACCCGUAAAAAAAUUGUUAAGGAGUUCCUUGAAGGAAUAACAGGACUUUCUACAGAUGAAUGGUUCAAAAUACCUGAUACAGCUCCUAUGAGUUCAACCCGUAGGAAAGUUUUUGGUGUUUAUUCAAAGCCUGAAAUUGGUGUUUUGGAUGUAGUUGAGGAUCCUUACGAUGCUGGAAUUGUUGAUUUGUUUGAUUAG